UUUGUAAUUCAGGCGCCGCGGGCACCCAUCAGCGUGUAACCGGCUUACUACUGAUUCUACGUUCCUUUCGAGCCGGUGAAUAAGCCAUGCCGACUGUCAGUGUUAAGAGAGACCUGCUGUACCAGGCCUUGGGCCGUACUUACACUGAUGAAGAAUUUGAUGAGCUAUGUUUUGAGUUCGGCCUGGAGUUAGAUGAGAUUACCUCAGAGAGAGAAAUUAUUAGCAGGGAAAAGGGUGAUGUAAAGGCAGACGGGGCGUCAGAUGUCAUUCUCUUCAAGAUUGAUGUACCUGCUAACCGCUAUGACCUGCUAUGUCUGGAAGGGCUGGUGCGGGGGCUGCAAGUCUUCAAAGAAAGGAUAGAGGCACCCAGAUAUAAACGGAUUACCCCGGAUGAUAAACAGCUGCAAAGGCUUUUUAUCACAGAGGAGACCUCUCUAGUUCGCCCCCAUGCCGUGGCUGCCGUGCUAAGGAACAUCACAUUUACGCAAGAGAGAUAUGAAAGUUUUAUUGACCUGCAAGACAAGCUUCAUCAGAACGUCUGCAGGCGGAGGACAUUGGUGGCCAUCGGAACACAUGACUUGGACACCAUCUCAGGGCCUUUUAUUUACACAGCUAAGCCACCAUCUGAAAUCCGAUUCAAGCCCCUGAACCAAAGCAAGGAAUACAGCGCCCCGGAGGUGAUGGAGCUCUAUAGGACUGACAGCCAUCUCAAGCAUUUCCUGCACAUCAUCGAAGAUAAGCCAGUUUACCCUGUAAUCUAUGACAGCAACGGGAUUUUACUGUCUAUGCCGCCGAUAAUCAACGGCGAUCAUACGAAAAUCACCUUGAAUACACGGAAUGUGUUCAUCGAGUGCACUGCAACAGACUUAACCAAGGCUAAAAUAGUUCUCGAUAUCUUGGUUACCAUGUUCAGUGAAUAUUGCGACGAACCCUUCACUGUUGAAGCGGCUGAGGUUAUCUACCCGGAUGGAAGAACAUGUAUUUACCCGGAAUUGUCUUAUCGUAAAGAAUCUAUACAUGCUGAAAAAAUAAAUGGUAACAUCGGAAUCAGCGAGACACCGUCCAGACUGGCAAACUUGCUCACACGAAUGUGCCUGAAAUCCGAGGUGCUGGAGGACGGAAAGCAGAUCGAGAUAGAAAUCCCCCCAACGCGAGCAGAUAUCAUUCACGCCUGCGACAUUGUGGAGGACGCGGCCGUUGCGUUUGGGUUCAAUAAAAUUCCGAAGGUCAUUCCGAAAACAUACACUAUAGCAAAUCAGUUGCCCCUGAAUAAGCUCACAGAAUUACUGCGUCAGGACCUGGCUGCUGCCGGAUUCACAGAGGCACUGACGUUUGCCUUGUGCUCCACAGAUGACAUUGCUGAUAAACUUGGUGUUCCUGUUUCAUCCACUAAGGCCGUGCACAUUGCAAAUCCUAAAACUGCCGAAUUUCAGGUGUCUCGUACAACCCUAAUUCCAGGGCUGCUCAAAACUAUCGCUGCAAAUCGGAAAAUGCCUCUUCCUCUGAAGCUGUUUGAGAUCUCUGAUGUGGUACUGAAGGACUCUUCUCGAGAUGUAGGGGCCCGGAAUCACAGACACCUCUGUGCGGUUUAUUAUAACAAGAACCCUGGAUUUGAAGUGAUUCAUGGCCUGUUGGACCGGAUAAUGCAGCUUUUGGCAGUGUGUCCCGGCGGCGAGAACGGAUACCAUAUCAAGGCUGCGCAAGACCCGGCUUUCUUUCCCGGACGUUGUGCUGAGAUCCUGGCUGGUGGACGCAGCAUCGGAAAACUAGGUGUCCUCCACCCGGACGUCAUAACGAAAUUUGACCUGACCCUGCCGUGUUCUGCCCUUGAAAUAACCGUGGAGCCUUUUUUAUAAUAUAGCGCAGUUUCUUUUUACUGGAUUUUACACAAAUAUGUUGCAGGACUUAUUAAUAGUAACUCCGGUAAAGGCGAAGCAAUCGGCAGGAACAUUCUGCUGGCCACAGUUAUGAUCGCUCUGCUUUUUUUUUUGUAUGUAAUGGCUAUACCGACCUUUGCUGAUUGUUCCACUUUAAGACAAAAUCUGCCUCUCGGUGAACACUCUUUAUAGUACAGAACAUCCGCUUAAUCAUUACAAGAGACACGUAUUUAUUUGUCGGCUUCUUAGAGAUGCAUCCGAAUAAAUGGCCUCUAUUAUUAA